AUGUCACGCUACCCUAAAACCAUCAAGAAAUCACGACUUGUCUUCUCGGACGAUGCGUCGCACGACGGAGGCCGCCUGCUCGGCGUGUUCGGCGGGGCGGUGCAGCCGCUGCUGCGGGCCGAGGGCGACGCCAUCGUGCACUCCUGCCGGCUGCUGCACGCCGUGAGCGCGAUGACGGGACACGGGAGGCACGCGGAGGAGGGCGAGGCUGUGCCGGUCGCGGGUGGCUUCGAGGCGCCCAUCUUUGGCGCGCGCGUCGUUGGCCAGGUCACCACGCUGGCGCUCGAGGGCGAGGCCGGCCCUCUGGCAUCGCUCCUGCGUGCCGUCGCAAGCGAUCGCGCGGGCGGCUGGUACGUCUCGACUAAGGAGGGCUCGCUGCUGCACGUGUCGGCGGCCGGGCGCAUCCGCACCGUCGCGACCUGCGAGGAUUGCCGCGAUAUUGCGCUCAGCCCCGACGGUAGCGCGCUGUUUGUGGCGGACUGCGACAACCACAAGAUCCGACGGGUGGAGGUGGCGACUGGCACUGUGUCUACGCUCGCGGGCAGCGGCGGAGAAGGCGACGCGGAUGGCAUGGCCGACGCAGCGCAGUUUCAGGACCUAUACGGCGUCACCAGCCCCGACGGCAGCGUGCUAUUUGUGGCGGAUUUCUGCAAGAUCCGGCGGGUAGAGGUGGCGACUGGCGCUGUGACUGCGCUCGCGGGCAGCGGCGAAGGAGGCGACGCGGAUGGCGUGGGCGACGCGGCGCAGUUCAACGACAUAUUCGGCGUCACCAUCAGCCCGGACGGCAGCGCGCUGUUUGUGGCGGACUUCGGCAACCGCAAGAUCCGGCGCGUGGAGGUGGCGACGGGCGCAGUGACGACUGUCGCGGGCAGCGGCGCCCAAGGCAGCGCCGAUGGUGUGGGCGGCGCAGCGCAGUUCUCGCGCCCAGCCACUGUCGCCGUCAGCCCGGACGGCAGCGCGCUGUUUGUGGCGGACUACAGCAACCGCAAGAUCCGGCGCGUGGAGGUGGCGACGGGCGUGGUGACUACGCUCGCGGGCAGCGGCGCUGGGGGCAGCUCUGAUGGCGUGGGCCGUGAAGCUCAGUUCGACAACCCAGUCUGCGUGGCUGCGCCUCCUCCGCCUCCCUCCUUUGCGCCGCUCGUGGUGGCGCCCUCGACCUUCUUUGCCGACAUGAAGAAGAUGCGGGGCGACCCCGCCCUCCCCACCGGCCUGGUCACCUUCCUCCUCGGCGACGACGAGGAGCGCAUCGAGCACGUGAGCAAGAACCUGCUCUGCGUGCGGUCCGAGACCGAGUACUAUGGGAAGAUGUUUGGCAUCGGCAUGAAGGAGCGCGACGCCGCCGAGAUCACGGUGCCCAAGACGGACCUCGCCAGCUUCACCGCCUUCAUCGACUACCUCUGCACCGACCAGCUCGACCUCGGCGAGGGGGAGGGCGAGCAGGCGCGGCGCGCGCUCGUGCUGCGGGAGCUGGCGCAGAUGUACCAGGUGCCGCGCCUCGAGCGGCUCUGCUCGGCGACGCGCUCGACCAGGUCCGAGUGCUAUGGGAAGAUGUUUGGCAUCGGCAUGCAUUGGGUGUGGCGGCGCGGACCACCCGAAGUGCUCGCUACAAGCUACAACCACAGGUAA